AUGAAAAAUUUUGAGUUGACAUUCGCUGAAGUCACAAAAGAGGCAGUGGAUUAUAUUGCCGAUCACUUCCAUCCAUUCAACGGAAUCGAGACGAUUGUGACACAUGGUGGAUUUGAUCCCAGCGAUUUGGAGGAUUUGGGUCGCCCGGUUGCACCACCGAUUUCUCUGGCUACUACAUUUCAACAGUUAACACCUGGUGUUGCUAAGUACGACUAUUCCCGAGCCGGAAAUUUCUCGCGUGAAUGUUUGGAAAGGUGCAUUGCAAAGUUAGAAAACGGUGAACAUUGUUCCGUCUUCAGUUCUGGACUAGCUGCAUUGGGUGCUCUGGUGCAACUGCUUUCCGCGGGUGAUCAUAUUGUUGCUUUUGACGAUCUUUAUGGUGGUGAGUGGUAA